UCUAUUCGGUUGUUAUGAUGCCUACGGAAAGCUUUUAUACACUGUGAUUUUGUAGAGUUCUCUUUAAUUGUGCCUGAGAAAAAUUGCCACAAUGUCUGCUGAGAAGGAAAGACGAUACCAGGAACUCUACAAGAACCGCUUUGUGAAUCCCAUUGACCAAGGCGUGGGGAGACGCACUGGUUGGGUGUUGAACAAAGAGGUACGCAAAGACAGUGAGGGCUUUGAGGUGUUUGAUGACUACUGGUCUGACUCUGGUGAAGAAAGUAUUGAAGAUCUAUCUCUUCAUGCCAACAAAGAAAAUAAAGAAAAACGGUAUAAGCUGAGUUCACCUAUCAAGCAUAUGCUACCCUUCACACCGAGCUCCCGCGGUGGAAGCACAGACGCCGAACCUCUCUCAGACAUCCCGUCCAAGAAGGUGCAGUCAAAUUCUUUUGCAAUCGCAGAGCCCCACUCUGACUCGAUAGUCGUCGAGAGCGUCCAGACUGGAGGGAACAACGCCUCAGAGUCUCAACAACUGACACAGCCGGAAACCAGUGAGGAGGUUGCCGUCGGUAAAGGUGAUGUUGUUGAUGAUGUUGCCACAGCAACACCAACUCGAGAGGAGGGAGGGAUACAGGAGUCAGAUAUCACUGGGAGUAUCAUCAAGGGUGGGACGUCGUUCCUAGCGCCUCAUUCUGCCCUGCAGGAGUUCAAGACAAAAACAAGGUUACAGUUUGAUGAUGACGAUGUGGAAGACCGACCGAGACGAAGAUCAACUCGCACAAAGCAAGCUAGAGAGAAGGGUCUGGACAACCUGAGCGAAGAAGGCAGCACUUCGGAGGAAACACUAAAAGCAUCUCACUCUAGCGAGGGUUCGCAGGAGCUAAAGACAGCAACGGAGACUUCUUCGGCUUCGGCAGGAGAAGAGCAACCACAGAAGAGAAGUUUUUCUCUGAUUCAAGAGAGAGCAUCCUUGCAAGAGUCGACAUCUAAGACGAUUAAAGGGGUGUCUCCGGCCACCGAGAGACAGACAUCCUUGUUGGUGGAUAAAGAAGAGAGUCUGGUAUCUGGUGUCGGUUCAACUCAUCAAACUUUGGAGAAGGAAAGAGUAAUUACAGAAGCCUCUAGAGCUGCUUCACAGCCAAGAGCCAUCAGAAAGGACAGUAUAACUCAGGAGCAAAGGAAGUCUGUUGGCGUCACGAAAGAGACAGCAAAGUCGACCAGACGGCGGAGGAAGCCAAACAAGAUGCAUGUAGAGGAGGACGGAGAUCUCUCGGGAGAGGAAGGGAUGUUUAUAUCGCUCCAGAAGUCUGUGGUCAACCGGCACGAUGGGACCAAGGAGGCAGUGUCAGAUUUGAUCACGAGUGUCCUGAGUGAUCAGUCAUUCCAGGAUGCCGACGAUGAAGGGGUCAUCGACAUCGUUCAGAAUGACCACUCCUACAAAUCAACCCGGACAAGAAAGAGCAGAGGUACUUCAAAAGCUAAGGGUGGAUCUUUACCCCAGGAUGAGCCGGUUUCUAAAGCCAGGAAGAGGAAAGGAAGACCAAGACAAAGUGACAAACAGGACAUGUCCAAAGCGGAGUUGAUUGAUGGUGCAGUUGAAGAGGUGUUGCCAGUGCCACAGCCUGAGCCUGUUCAGUCAAACCAAGGAGGCAUGCCACGUGCCUCAAGUGAAGACAGUGAUAUCAAUGUUACAAAAUCAACAGCUUCCUCAAGAUCCUCACGGACGCGUAAAUCAAAGAAGACUACGGGAGAAGCUACCAGUGGUAGUGGAGAAGGUAGCCAAGAGUCGCAGCAGUCAGGAACAGAUGUUGCCAACAAGAGUCGAAAUCGAUCUAGGAGAAGACCAACUAAAAAGACAAAGCAGAACUCAACUGUUGCAGGAGAUGAGAUGAGCUCCACGGGAACUGAUGAAGAACGAGGUCAAAGAACGCGGAGGAAGCCUAGAGGAAGGAAGGUAGCAGUCGUUGUCGGAGAUGAGGUUGCAGUCGAUGUUGGAGGUGAGGUUGCAUUCGAUGUCGGAGGUGAGGACAUCGGUGUGGUAGAUGGAGACUCUGGUGGGGAUGCGGUUGAUAGUUUAUCAAGUGGAAAGACAAAAAGGCAAAGGAACAGGUCUGAUAAAACCAAGAAAGGUUCUGAAUCUAGUCUUGUGGAUGUCAAGGAAGUAGAGUCAUCCACUGUCUUCAACUCAUCAGGCGCUAAUCACACAAUGGAGGUCAACAACGAUGAAGCGCUGAGAGAGGUCAGACCCCAAGAGCAGAUCCCCUACCACACAUCCUUUAGGAAAUCCCUCGGAAAUAAACGUGCCAGUGUUCACUUUGGCAGUGUUUAUGUAGUCUCGUCAGACACAGAUGGUGUUGAAGCCACUCCGGGAAGCAUUCCAUCCUCGUCUCUCGUCGCUCCAGAUGAUGAUGACAGAAUCCCAAGAAAGAGGUUCAAAGGGACACCUGGAGCAAACCGAAGCCAGAACCACUCAAUCGCAGCCAUUGAUGCUACUCAACCCAAUGAGUGGUCUAGAAAGAGGAGCAUCGAGAAUGGGUCGGAGGUCGUUGCAGCAACGAAGAAGCCAGGGGAGCCAACAAGAGGCAGAAAGGGAAGACGAGGCAAGAGGAAGCUAUACUCUGGAGAUCUCUCUACCACCGUCCUAAUUGAACCCUCUCAGAGAUUAUCUCAGAGUAGCACCCAAUCCACAGCUGACGUCUACGAUAUUGACUCUAGCAUCCCUCCUGAGGCAGAGGGUUCGUUCAAAGUUCCACAAGGAAGCUUGUCGUCGGGACGGGGAAAGGGACGAGGUAGAAGCAGAGGGAAGGGGAGGGGGAGGGGGAAAGCAACAAGGUUGGACUCCACUAAAGAUGCCGCAUCAGAGACUCAAGUCAAACCAGCCAGUGAUGCAGUGAUGGAUUUUCUGAGCAAGUAUGAGUAUGAGAAGUCUGGCGAGUCAGCAGAGUCGAGCGACGAUCCCUCAGAGAGUCCCAUGGAGAGUUCCGAUGGAGCCAACCGGGAGGCCACUCACUCUGCGAUUACUCCCAAGACACUGUCCACAACGGUCUACCCCGAACCGACACCUCGCUCUAUCCUGAAGGACCCAACAAAGCAAACCAAUAAUCGACAGAAGAAGAAUUUACAGCUGCAGUUCUUUGAAGUUCCCAAAGCCAAAGCAAUUAUAGUUCAACCAGAUGAUGAGGAGAACGGUCAACGCAGGACAAGGCGUAACAGAGUGCGCCCUCUGGAGUUUUGGCGCAAUGAGAGAGCGGUCUAUCAACGUAGGAUGUCCGGUGGUUUCGCUCUAGCCGGGGUAGAUUCACCGGCGGUAAGCAGUCCCGAACAUCGCCCUCAAAGGGCAGAAAGAGGCAAGAAGAAACUGCCACAUACUCCUGCUGAUCUAUCCAUGCAUGGAACCCCACCCCCGGGGGGUAAAGUGGCAGAACACCCAGCAAUGACGGUGGUAAACCCGGACACACAAGAAGAGGUAGUAGUGGACACUGUAAAGACGGCCAAGAUGUACAAGUUUGUUGGGCCGAGCGGCAAAGAGGCAACUGAUGAAGACCCAAUAACACUCUGCAAGUGCAUCUCACAGAAAGCCUUCUCUUCAGGCAUUCUGACCAUCCGGCCGUUAAGCGAGAAGGGAUUACAGCUCGUUCGUAAUGACACCAUGGUAUUCUACAUCACUAGAGGCAAGGUAGCGGUUACCAUCCACCAUACUACCAGUAUCAUGCAGAACGGAGACAUGUUCUUUGUGCCGCAAGGUAACUUGUACAACGUGAAGAAUCUGCGACGUGACGAGGCCAAGCUUGUUUUCUUCCAGCACAAAGGCCGAUGAAGAUCGCUGGUGAGGACCCUCAAGAUACGGCCACGCCUGAAGUGGCUAGAGCUAUGGCUAGAUUUCGAUGUCAUCAUGCGUUGAAGUAUAGGACAUCCUUAGCAACAGGCUUAACAACAGUCGUA